GAAUCGGCCAAGAAAAGCGGCAGUCGCGUGUCGACCAGCGGACAGGUCGGUGCAGAAGCGAGCGGAUGCGCCUCUCUGUUCUCCACCGCGUAACUCCCGCGAGCGCGGCCGCACGUUUGCCGGAAGACCGAUGACUGAAAAGAUCCGCGGUGACUGUGGCCGCGCGCGCGUUUCGACACCCGGAACCCGUACGAACUUCCGACCCGGCGCCGCCGUCGAUUCCAACGAGAUUGCAUCGGCCACGAUGUCGCAAAGCUGCUCCGGCGGCGCGCGCGCUCGCUGAGGAAGACCGAUCGGCGAGCCGAUCGAGGAUGUUGACCUGGUAGCGGGUGUUGAUCGACGGGAAAAUCGCUCGCUUGUGGGAAUCCAACGGUCUACGUUUACAGCUGUCGGCGAACGUUAACGUUCGAUCGAUAGAUCUUUUUGUCGAUCGUCGUCGUCGUCGUCAUUCAGCAGUGGUUAAGUGAAUGGACUUUAUGAGUGAGCGUUGUCGUAGCUCGGCAGCAUCGGCCGGAAGACACGAGUGCCCGGCGACGGCAGAUCGUCCUCCAAUGGAUCGCACGUGACCACCGCGAUCUCGUGGGAUAUCGAGUCCGAUUGCCCUCCGAGAGGGACGUCUUCCCGUGGAAGAGGCCAGAUUUCGAAAGGCGCGGCAGGAUGCCGAAGGAGAACAUGUGGCGGCAGAGGAGAGUGCCCGUUCCCAAGAGGACGAUCGAGCUGAUCGCUUUAAUAGCGAUAUCCAGUACACUUUUUCUCUUUCUUCACACGAGAGAUCUGCAUUCGCGUCUGAAAAAAAUGGAAGUACGUCUUCAACCGGGGGAAGAUGACGUGCUCUCGGCAAAUCAGCUCUCAUCAGACGGUAUCCAAACUGAUUCUGAUCCAAAUGGCAGCAUCCAUUACCCAAAUGUGCAACAUGUUCUCGUGGAAAAGUACGACGAUCAGGAAGCGCUCGACAUUGACGCUCUCAACAACACGAAGAGGGCCGACCGGGAAGUGCUGUUCUUCAAUCGCGUGCCGAAAGUCGGUUCGCAGACCUUUAUGGAGCUGUUGAGGAGGCUGUCGAUAAGGAAUACAUUUUCGUUCAACAGGGACCGUGUGCAGCGAGUUGAGACCAUACGUCUCGCGCCGAUCGAGCAGCUACAUCUCGCCAGGAUGGUCAGCAGUUAUUCGGAACCGUCUGUUUACGUGAAGCACGUCUGCUUUACUAACUUCACAGAAUUCCACCUACCGGAGCCGAUUUAUAUCAACAUAGUACGCGAUCCCGUCGAGAGGGUCAUAUCCUGGUAUUAUUAUGUAAGAGCACCGUGGUACUACGUAGAGAGGAAGCAGAUCUUCCCGGACCUACCGUUGCCCGAUCCCAAUUGGCUCAAGAAGGACUUUGAGUCGUGCGUAUUGAAGGGCGAUCGAGAGUGCAGAUAUUUGCAGGGUGAGAUCCACGAAGGCAUCGGUGACCACCGCAGGCAAACUCUCUUCUUCUGCGGACACAGCGAGAAAUGCACUCCUUUUAAUACCGUUGGUGCCCUGGAGCGAGCCAAGUUAGCGGUGGAAAAGCACUACGCGGUAGUAGGCGUCUUGGAGGAUAUAAAUACAACUCUCACGGUACUGGAAAACUACAUACCACGAUUUUUUCAGGGAGCUACCGACGUUUACUACGAUCAAUCAAACUCCUUUACGAGGAUCAAUCGAAACUUCUUUAAACCGCCAGUCAGCGAGGAAGUGAAGAACUUGGUGCGCAGCAACUUUACCCGCGAGGUCGAAUUCUACCAAUUCUGCAAGCAGCGACUUUAUAGACAAUACAGAGCUCUCAAAUUGCGGUCAAAUGUUCCGUAGUUCCGCAAUCGUGAUGAUCUCUGAAAAGGACAUCUCCUAUUUGUUGAUACGAAGGCAAUUAUUAAAAUGCAUGAAAGACAUUAUGCAGAAACAUACAUUUCAAUGCAAUUACAUUGGGUAGUGUUAGUGAUUCGAUAUAGAUUUACAACAGAUUGAUAACUGCUCUUGAAUAAUAGUGAUUUACGAAAAUCUCAAAUGGUGUAAAAAAAAUUAAUGAUUUUAUACACGAAUAUUAAUAUAAUAAUUUGUAAACUAAUGUCAGAUUAAUAUGACAGACCGUGCUUUAUUUGUACAAUCAUCAUAACAUUAUUGUGAUCGAAAUUUUAAUGUUAUGGCUACUUUUAGUACUUUUAAUAAUGACUAUCGAAAUUAGAGUGUAGAGACAUUUUAUCGAAGAUUCGAUUACAAUAACUGUCCCAAUUUAAA